GGGCGGGGCGAAGGCGGGGCGUGGGCCGCCGCGCGCGGAGCCGGGGCUGGACAGGACCGCGGCUGUGGGGUCGAGACCGCGCGGCGGUUGAGCGGCGGGCGGCGCCGGCGGGCGGGCGGGCGAGGGCCCGGUGGAGCUGACGGGGUUGCCCCUGGCGUUCACAGUGGCUGGACGGAGGCAUGAGCCCCCGGCUUCGUGGUUGGGCCCGGUAGCACGCCGUGGGAAAGGAGUGUGCGCCCACACAUGGUUUGGCCCUGCGGCGACCACAGCAGCCCGGGCCGCCACCAUGAUGAAGCUGCUGGUGGCCAAAAUCCUUUGUAUGGUGGGCGUGUUCUUCUUCAUGCUGCUUGGCUCCCUGCUCCCCGUGAAGAUCAUCGAGACGGAUUUUGAGAAGGCCCAUCGCUCCAAAAAGAUCCUGUCACUCUGCAACACCUUUGGAGGUGGGGUCUUCCUGGCCACGUGCUUCAACGCUCUCCUGCCGGCUGUGAGGGAGAAGCUCCAGAAAGUUCUGAGUCUCGGGCACAUCAGCACCGACUACCCACUGGCUGAGACCAUCGUGAUGCUGGGCUUCUUCAUGACUGUCUUCCUGGAGCAGCUCAUCUUGACCUUCCGCAAGGAGAAGCCAUCGUUCAUCGACCUGGAGACCUUCAACGCUGGCUCGGACGCCGGCAGUGACUCGGAGUAUGAGAGCCCCUUCAUGGGGGGUGCACGGGGCCACACGCUCUAUGCGGAGCCCCACCCCCACGCACACGGGCUGAGUGUCCAAGAGCUGUCGCACUCCAGCCCGCUGCGGCUCCUCAGCCUGGUAUUUGCCCUGUCGGCGCACUCCAUCUUCGAGGGCCUGGCCCUGGGCCUGCAGGAGGACGGAGAGAAGGUAGUGAGCCUGUUCGUGGGGGUGGCCAUCCACGAGACGCUGGUGGCCGUGGCCCUGGGCAUCAGCAUGGCCAGGAGCGCCAUGGCCCUGAGGGACGCGGCCAAGCUGGCCGUCACUGUCAGUGCCAUGAUCCCCCUGGGCAUCAGCAUCGGCCUGGGCAUCGAGAGUGCCCAGGGGGUGCCCAGCAGCGUGGCCUCGGUGCUGCUGCAGGGCCUGGCAGGCGGCACGUUCCUCUUUGUCACCUUCUUCGAGAUCCUAGCGAAGGAGCUGGAGGAGAAGAGCGACCGUCUGCUCAAAGUCCUCUUUCUGGUGCUGGGUUAUGCCGUCCUGGCCGGCAUGGUCUUCCUCAAGUGGUGAACCUGCCCAUCGCCCGCCCACCGGAUACAGGUGGUCCCCCCUCUCCCAGGCGGGGCAGCUCAGGCCCCGGGCUGCCACCUGUGCACAGAGGGGCCGCGCCCCAGAUCCGACACCCUGAGCCUGGGGCACAGCGACUACUUUUAAAAAUACUUCUCUUAAAAUUGUUUACCAAAGCUGUGUGGCCAUGUCAUCCUCUGGCAUUGGGAUCUGAUGACUCACGCAGGAGGCGGGGCCGGGCAGCCGCAGGGGGUUGGCCUGGGACCCUCCGCCCCCACACUCCUGCCUGGGGACAGGACAGGACCGUGGCUUCUCCGAGCCACCGAGCCCAUCUGGAGGCCUGAGACUUAUGUCCUCUGCUCCCAGCUGGCUCUGUCGCAUGGAGCGUCCAUCCAGCGGUCACACAGGGAAGCCCUGACUCGGGCCACCUGAGGCCUCGAGGGGGACGGGCGGGGCGCCGGGACCUCAGCGCUUCCCUCUUCUCUGCCUUCUGUGUGUCCCCCCCACCCCCCCCGCUGCCAUACACUCGGUGGACCCGAGAGAUGCAGAGAUGUGCAGGCAGGGCUAGGGGCCGGCUGGGCCGUUGGUUCUCAGUCCCCGGGGCCGUGGGGCAGGGGACACACCUGAAUCAGCCCCCGCAGAUGCAGAUGAAGCCCGAAGCUGCCUCAGGGUGCGUGUGGGGCUGGCACCAACCCUGGGCACCGGCUCCCUGGCAACCUUCUGUUCAACUCGCCCGUUGUCUCAGCAACCCCGAUGCGGGCCUCCGGGGAUAGGAGCCUGGGCCGAAAGCCUUGCCUGGGGGAUUUUGCCAUCAGAGGUGCUCUGGGGGAGUGCGGGCCGGUGGCCUGGGCUGGGCUUGGCUCUCGCAGCCUCAGCACGAGGGCCCAGGUGCGUGCCUUCCCAGCACCCUGAUCCCCUUCCUCUGCCUCACUCCUGGCCUGCAGGGCCUCCCGAGCACGGGCCCCUUCUGCCCCGGGGCCACGUGGGCGCCCCAGGGGCUGGCCUGCUGCCACCACUCAGCCCCUCCCAGCACAGGGUGACCACCUUUGCCACCGCCCCGGCCUCCUUCAGUUUUGUUACAAGAGGCAGGGGGAUCGGGGAUGUGUGUCCGAGAGCCUCAGCCUCUGCUCUGCCUGCCCCUACCCUGUUGCUGCAGGACGGUCAGGCCUGAUGCUAGAAACUUCUGUCGGACUUGUCCUGGGGACCCAUCUCCAAACCCCAUGUGGCCUCACCCUGCCCUGUGCUGGGAAAGUGGCCCCCAGGGUGUGGGGACAUCAUCCUUUCCAUUGUGUCCUGUGCUGUCAGCCUCGGCCUGCCCCCCACUUCACUCCACCCAGGAACUGGAAGUUUCCACCCACUUGGCCUUUUCCCUGAGUGGGCGGGUCGUUGUGGAGCCACCAGGUUCUGUAGCCUCCCUUCAUCUGGGCCGGGGUCGUCUCUGCUCCAGGGACCCCAGCUGCAUACGCCCUGUCGCUGCCAAAAGCGCACACGCCACAGGGUCCCUACCCUCCUACCAGCCAUCAGCUGACCACCCCCCUGCCCCCACUGAUGUCUCCAAGGCCAUGUCCCGCUCACUCUGAGCACACUUCCCGACCAGUGGGCCCAGGAAGGGCACCACCACACCAGCAAGGAGCCUCAGGUCAUGGAAAGGCCCACGGGCCCCUCUGCUGGCCCCUCAGUCAGACGUCACCACCCCCCGAGUCCCCAGCGUCCUCAGAUUCUCUCCAUCUGCUGGGCUGUGGCCACUCCCGGCUGACCUGCUCUCCCUAGGGUCCCACCAGCCCCAGCAAGCUGCUUCCAGGCCCCCUGAGGACGCUGGGAUCCCAAGAGGUUUGAGGGGGCUGUGUUGUAGACGAGGACACCUCUGGCCACCCCUUUUGUCUUCUGCGCCCAGUGGAGCAAGGGUCAGCCCUGGGACCCGCUUCCAGAAGCUGCCAUGGGGGUGACUGUAUCUUGGUCUUGGUCAGCUUUCCCCGCAUCGGGUGAGGAUUAGACCAUCUCCACGCCGAGGUAGGAGGAGUGGCUGUUUUGCCCUCCGACGGAAGCCCGGAGAAACUCCUGAGGUUUCCUGGGCUCUGGUGGCUGAGUCUGGCCUAGACCAGGGUCUUCUGAGGCCUACCCGGGGCUCCAUCCCCCACCAGCUUGGACACCGGGGCACCGCCACGUGGUGACAGCAGCUUUCCUGUGGAUACGACUGGAUCAAUCACCAGCUGGCCCUGGACCAGCCCCUGCACAAAACUGGGCAUCAGCCACGAAAGGCCAUCUGUGUGCACCUUUGUGAUCCUGAGGAGAUGUUGUGUGGCCUGCUGCUUUUGGGGGUCUUCUCACUCCGUGGUUCUCAGUAGGGGGGGUCCCGCAGGGUGCGCCAGGCGGUGUCCGAGGACGUCUGUGGUGGUCACACUGGGGUGUCCCCGCUCUAAUUCACAGGAAGUGACAGUGGGUUCCACGCAGAGGCCACUUUGCUCUGAGAUCCCACGUGCGUGUUGGAAAGAGAGGAGGGGGGCGGGCGCCUGCUGACGGGCGGGAGGCACGGCUGCCGCAGCCUGGAUGUGAGGCUGCCCAGAGAGCACACGCUGCUGUCCGUCUGACAAAACCAAACCCUCCGCGCAGAACACCAAACACCAACUCUGUCCGUACGGCCGUGGCUGGGUCAAGGCCACCCCCAGCCACCUGCUCAGCCUAGGCUUCUCCCGGCCCCCAGCAGGAGGGGUCCCGGGUGGGCAGGAGGAGGUGGGGGUGCCUUGGGCUGGGGGCACCAUUCUGAGCUCUGCCAGGAGGAGAGUUACCUCGGACGGGUCUC